GCCGCGCCCUGGUGCCGGGAGCGCCGGGGCUUAGGCCCGGGGCGAUCGGGCUGCCAGCGCUGGAGGUUGGCACCAAGACCUUUGUCAUUCUUGGCUGUCUAAUUGAUGGAACGGUGACUAGAGCCCCCGUGCCACACCCUGAAGGCGGAGGCCCCGGGCCCGGAGAAGGAACACCCUCAAGCCCUCCCUAAGAUGAUCCCCCCGGCGAGCAGCGCCCCUCCGGGAGAGGCCUACUUCCCCACCUUGGCUCCUCAGGACGUCUGGAGGUCUCAGGUCUCGGGCUACUCAGGCUCCGUGACCCGACACAUCAGCCACCGGGCCAACAACUUCAAACGACACCCCAAGAGGAGGAAGCACAUUCGGCCCUCCCCGCCCCCGCCCCCCAACACCCCAUGUCCGAUCGAGCUGGUGGACUUUGGGGACCUGCAUCCCCAGAGGUCCUUCCGCGAGCUUCUCUUCAAUGGCUGCAUUCUGUUUGGCAUCGAGUUCAGCUACGCCAUGGAGACGGCGUACGUGACCCCGGUGCUCCUGCAGAUGGGCCUUCCCGACCAGCUCUACAGCCUGGUGUGGUUCAUCAGCCCCAUCCUCGGAUUCCUACUGCAGCCUCUGUUGGGUGCUUGGAGUGACCGAUGUACCUCAAGGUUUGGAAGGAGACGCCCUUUCAUUCUUGUCCUGGCUAUAGGGGCGUUGCUGGGCCUCUCGCUCUUGCUCAACGGCAGGGACAUCGGGAUGGCCGUGGCCGACACAGCUGGUAACCACAAAUGGGGCCUUCUCCUCACUGUGUGCGGGGUGGUGCUGAUGGACUUCAGCGCAGACUCGGCGGACAACCCCAGCCACGCCUACAUGAUGGACGUGUGCAGCCCCAUGGACCAGGACCGGGGCCUCAACAUCCACGCGCUGCUGGCAGGUCUCGGAGGAGGGUUUGGCUACGUCGUCGGGGGGAUCCACUGGGACAAAACCAGCUUCGGGCGCGCGCUGGGGGGGCAGCUCCGGGUCGUUUACCUCUUCACCGCGGUCACCCUGAGCCUCGCCACCGCCCUGACCCUGGUCAGCAUCCCCGAGCGGCCGCUGCGGCCCCCGGGCGCCCGGAGGCCCGCCCUGAAGAGCCCCAGCCUCGCGCUGCCGCCGUCCCCGCCCGCGCCCCCCGAGGACGGCGCCGCGCCCGGCCCGGCCGCCCGCUCGCCCCCCAGCCUGGCCGCGAGCUUCGGCAGCCCCGUGUCGCCCCUCAGCCCCCUCACGCCCAAGUACGGCAGCUUCGCGAGCAGGGACAGCUCCCUGACGGGGCUCAGCGAGUUCGCGUCCUCCCUGGGCGCCUCCCAGCUCGACGGCGUCCUCAUCGACUGCUUCACCGCGGCCCACGACGGCGCCCCGGGCCUGGCCGGCAGCCUCCCGCGGCCGCCCGUCAGCCUCAGCUUCCCCCGCGCCCCCGACGCCUUCCCGCGCCAGGACCACCGGCUUCUGCAGAGCAGGCACGGCCCCGGCUCCGAGGGCGACCUCCUGCGGGUGGGGUCCCUGGACGCCCCGAAGCCGCGCGCCUCUGGGAUUCUGAAGAGGCCGCAGACCCUGGUCAUCCCGGACGCCGCGGGAGGAGGAGGCUGUCCGGAAACCAGCAGGAGGAGGAACGUGACGUUCAGUCAACAGGUAGCCAACAUCUUACUCAACGGUGUGAAGUACGAGAGUGAGCUGACCGGCUCUGGCGAGCAGCCCGAGCAGCCCCUGUCCAUGAGGCGCCUCUGCUCCACCAUCUGCAACAUGCCCGAGGCGCUGCGAAACCUCUGCGUCAACCACUUCCUGGGGUGGCUCUCGUUUGAGGGGAUGCUGCUCUUCUACACGGACUUCGUGGGCGAGGUGGUGUUUCAGGGGGACCCCAAGGCCCCGCACACGUCGGAGGCUUUUCGGAAGUACAACAGCGGCGUCACGGCGGGCUGCUGGGGCAUGUGCAUCUACGCCUUCAGCGCCGCCUUCUACUCAGCCAUCCUGGAGAAGCUGGAAGAGCACCUCAGCGUCCGCACCCUCUACUUCAUCGCGUACCUCGCCUUCGGGCUGGGGACUGGCCUGGCCACCCUCUCCAGGAACCUCUACGUGGUUUUGUCACUCUGCAUCACCUACGGGAUACUGUUUUCCACCCUGUGCACCCUGCCCUACUCACUUCUCUGCGACUACUACCAGAGCAAAGAGUUCGCAGGCUCCGGCGCCGACGGCAGCAGGCGCGGCAUGGGCGUGGACAUCUCCCUGCUGAGCUGCCAGUACUUCCUGGCCCAGCUCCUGGUCGCCCUCAUCCUGGGGCCCCUGACCUCGGCCGUGGGCAGCGCCAGUGGGGUCAUGUACUUCUCCAGCUUCGUGUCCUUCUUGGGCUGCCUGUACUCCUCCCUGUUUGUCAUCUACGAACUGCCCCCCAGCGACGCCGCGGACGACGAGCACCGACCCCUCGUGCUGAACGUCUGAUCCCCCCCAGGGCCUCGACUUGGACUCGUGCCUGGACCUGGGGUAACUGGAGAAGGGCUGUGGGGGACAUUAGGCUGGGGAUCCUGUGGAAUGUCAAUAGGUGACACAAUAAUAAACGACAGCAGCAAAGCC